GACACGUGGGUUUGGAAUUUGAUGAUUGCAUGUUAGGUUAAACUUCAUUAUACAAAGACAUGUAUAUAUAUAUAAUAUAUUCUACGUCCGAACAUACCCUUUAGUUAGUUGUGUUUUUGUGUUAUCUCUAUCUUCCACCUAACUAGCUUGUGUUUGUAGCUUGACUUUUUAUACGUAAAAUUAUUGUAACUUGAUAUCAAAGCCAUAUAUGAGUUAUGUACCUUAUAUAUUAUAACAAACCAAUUCCCACUUCUGAGUUUGCGUUUCAUCAACCAAAACACCGUAUAUUUUUCUUCUUUCUUUUCUCUUUCUGUCUGAGCCUAACUGAUCAUCUUCUGAUCUGCCUCUUUCUCUUUCAUUCUCUUUGAUUAUAUAUCUUAGAAAGAACAAAAAUGAGAGAGAGAAUGGAAAGACUUGUACUUCUUCCAUUUUCUAUUGGUUGUGUCUCUGAAUCAAGCGUGGCUGUUGGUGUACAUCAACCAAGAAGAUCGUCGUCAUCCAAGACUUACACAAACCCUUCUUAUCCCAUAAGGCCUAAAGAAUUGGAUCAAGAAUAUGAUCACAAUCAUGAGGACGAUGAGGAUGAUGAUGAGAGCUUAUCAUCAGGUGGUGAAAGUACAAAGAGCUCAUUUAGGUCUCUAAAGCCAAACAUAUCAACCGGAAUCAAUAGGCUGUUCAAGGGUUUCAAGAACAUCUCUCAAAUAUUUGUUUACAAGGAAGAAAUGGAAGAACUGGAGAUGGAUAUGGAAAUAGGAGGACCAACUGAUGUAAAGCACGUGACACACAUAGGUUGGGACGGUUCUACAACACAUAACGACGCCGUUAAAGGUUGGGAGAAUCUUAUUUCUCCUGAUUUGCUCAAUAAUGACAUUGAUGUUGUUCCUUGGACAUCAUCCUUUCAGUUCCCAUCCAUGGCUACUACACAUCCUCAUAAUAAUAAUAAUAAUAAUAAUAAUAAUCAACCACCUCUUGUUAUUAAGGGCUCUGCCUCUUAAUAAUAAGAAACAUCAAUCCAUCACCACCAUAUAUUUAAAAUUGUAUCUAAGAUCAUUCAGGACUAAUACAUAUACUUAAGUCAUAUUGAAGUACUCCAAAAUUCUCUCUCUUUUCUUUUGUACUAUUUUUGGGGUGAAUAUGUUUGAACCUUUCAUUUAUAUAUAUGUUGUGAAUUGUGAUAUAUAUUUGUGAUUAUUAUUAUAGUGCCUAUGCGUAAUUAUAUAAAUUUGUAGAUUAUUACAUCACCUUUCUCUCUAUGUAUAUACAUAGAUAUGUCAUAUUGUUUGGCAUUUUCACUACACAAAGUAUAAUUGGUUAAAAUGUACCUUUCUUUAUAAUAAUUAAUGAUUAAUUCUUUCUAAGAUGGAGCUACCUUUUCUAUUUAAUUUUUUUUUUUUUUUUGAAAAAUGAUAUACAGAAAUAUAUUGUAAUUAAUUCCAAAAGAAGUUUUAAAAGAUGUCUAAGUGUUAGAUAUAUACAUCAAACAUUUUAGAAAGUGGCGAGUGUGUACUCAUAUAUACAAAGAAUUGAAAGAGAAACUUGAAAAUUAAAGUAGGGGGCAAAGUAGUAGAAAGUCAAAUAUACAAAUGUUUUUCCAUUUCCUUCAUUAAAACAUUAAUACAUGAUAAAGUGGUCAUUUUUUUCAAAGGAAAAUAAAUACGAAGUAGAGUGUCUCUAUUUAAAGUAGUAGGGAAGAUCAAGGACAUAGAGGAGGAAGAAAGCCCAAGUAACACCCGAAAUUCCACCGAAGAAGAAUCCACCGGUGAACUUGGCCCAUCCCUCGGCUGUUUGGAGCUGAUCAGGCUCCUUCUUCCUCCCAGUUAGGGUCAAAGAAGGAGCAAUGGAUGGCUCACCUUCCUUGAAUGAAGCAACUCCAUACAUUGUCAAGCAAAUGCUUAGGAUCACAACAAGUCCAGCUGCAGCCAAUGACCCAGCUCCACCUGCAUAGGGUGUGUUCCUCAAAGGCCCAGCUUUCACAAAUGGGCCCACCAGGAGAAACCCAUGGGCCAAGCCCACCUCAAUUCCCCUCAGAAGUGGGUUCACUGCGGUCCGGUAUGCUGGGAGGUUGGAUAGGUACCAUGCCACCAAUGGGCUGGAUGUUACUGGAGUCUCUAAGCUUCCAAUGAAAGGGUCACCAUUGAUGGGUUGAAUCACUUGGAAUGGUGCCUACGAAAACACAACAUUAUUCAUUGUUAUUACAUAUUACCAAAUAUACUUAAUAAUAUAGUAUUUGUCACGAGUUGUUGUGACCAAACCAAACGCUAGCUACUUUAGCCAAAUGAAUUUCAAUCAAUUACUCACAACUUAUUGGCCGGUUUUCUUAUGUUAUUUCUAACUUACAAAAAUAUUUCAUUUAAAUAAUAACAUUUGCAUAAUUUAAUCCUAAUAAGAUAUAAUCUCAAUUUAAAUAAUAAAAAAAAAUCUCUAUUAUACUAUUAUAUGCUUAAAAUUUGGAGCACAGACUAGAGUGUUUUUCGUCUGCAACUAGUCAAGUAUCAAAAUCAACAAGCUUUUAUAAAAUAUUUGCUUAAAGUUACUUACAAAACAAAUCAUGAAUUAAGAGCGUGAUUUAAUUUUUUUCUUUUUGUUUUUGUUUUUUUUUAACUUACUUCAAAUUAUAAUUUCACAUGCAACAAAAUAAAUUAUUAUUUAUUUAUUUAUUUUGAAUGUAUAAAUUAGAUUAUUUUAGAUAAAAAAUAUAAUAAAUGGUGACCAAAGCAAACACUAUUAGUUACAACAAUGGCAAGUGUGUAAACAAUUAAGUAACAUUAUAGUUUAUAUUUGAUAGAUGUAUGAUUUACCUUUUCGGAUUGAACAGCUUUUACAGAGAAGGAUCUUCUGGUAGGGAAAAGCCUAAGAGGAGAAGAAGAAAGGCCUUUGGGGGAUAGGAGAGCUCUUGAGAGUGGGGAAGAAGUGAAGUUGGAUUUGAGCAUUGGUGAAGAAGUUGCUGAGGCCAUGAUUAUGCCUUUUGCUCCUCUCACUUACAC